CGAAAUUCCAGAAAGUUGGACCCUCGUGCUCCGGGCGGAGCUAAACUGUAACGCCUGCACGGGUGCGUCCGCGUCCACAUCGCGACGCGAUUAGAUGAAGCGCUUUUUUCCCACUCACCUUGGGGUCUCUUUUCCGCUCCAGAUCACUAGCCCCCCCAGAACGUCAAACGGGACUAGUGCUGGAUUUCUUAUAUUCCUGGUUGUUUUCCUGCUUCUGUCUUGCAAUUGUCUUCUCUAGCCCUCAUGCUUAUAUCCUGACUUAUCAACUACACAAUGUCUGACCCGGAGUCUUCUGUUGCGCCAUGCUCAUCGUCUCCGCCAACAGCCCAGGCGUCCGAGUCCACAGCUGCUCUCAAUUAUGCCUUCCUCGUACACUCGCAGAAAACCCUAACGCAGAACCUUCCCCCGCGUGUCGAUAACAAGUUACUUGCACGGCAGAAGCGUCGCCGCACAAGCCCUGAAGACCAUGCAGUUCUGGAGGCAGAGUAUCAACGGAAUCCAAAGCCAGAUAAGACGGCGCGGGCCAGUAUAGUCAGUCGCGUGUCAUUGGGUGAAAAGGAAGUCCAAAUAUGGUUUCAGAACCGUCGCCAGAAUGAUCGUCGGAAGUCGAAACCCCUCCAGCCUCAUGAACUGCUGGCCCCUCGGUCCGACGCGUCGAAACAGAGUUUCAGCGAUGAGAGUGUACCUGCGGAACCAGGCUCUUCUAGUGGGACGGAGCAGUAUGACGACCCUAGAAAUGAGAACAAUGUGGUGACACGGGUCUCGGAGAACGACUCUUUAACAUCGGAUAUGGUUCGUGGAAGCCAAGAGGAACCCGAGCAGCCCGUCUUGAGUUCCCAGACGAGCGUAGCAACAUCAGUAGCCCCAGAAAACAAGGAAGGGGUACAAGAGAACUCGCGGUCUGAAUUCGAAUUGAACCAAGAACAUGCGAGCGCACCAACCGAUACACCACACCAGAACUCUGCUAAAAGGAAGCGGUCGUUCACGGACCUUAGACAAGGAAGAUCAGAAGCACAGCAACCCUUAACACCAUAUGGAAUGCAGAGCAUAAGAUCACCACCGUCUCUGCGUAUAUCCUUAUCGUUUGAUGGAGAAGCUAUGGUGAGAAAGGAAGGCGAGUUGACUCCAUCCCCGCCCAAAGGACGCAACGCGCUCCGAAUUGCCAUGUCUUCAGACGGAAAAGCCGUGAUCCGUGCCGAUGGGGAACCAUCACCAUCCAAAAACCGCAUUUCAAUGUUUCCAACCCGGACCCCUCGAUUCUCGGGACUUCGGAGAAGCAAUAGUGCAGUGGUUCUGGGAACACCUAGAGGAUCUAUCGAAAAGGAAAGAAUCUUUGGACGAUCACGCGACCCUCGGAAUUGGGAAUCUGUUUUCGACACUGAUGCCCGGAGUGCAUUGUCCACCCCAUCCAGCUCACAAAGUGGAACACAUACAGGAUCCCCUGGAUUCUUCCGCUCUGGCGGUCCUCGUUCGUUGACACGAAGCCUAUCGGCAAAGUAUAAGAACACUGCGACAUUCAACUCCUCUGACCAUCUUAACACACCCGUCCCUCAAGCUACAAGGGAAAAGAGGAGAAAAUUAUCGCGCGCGGUGUCGUCGUUGGGCCGUCUCGAGUCUGGUCUCGAAAUGACCAACGAUAAGAACACCUCUUACUCAGCAAAACUAUCGAAGAGCAUGGCAGGCAAAGGCAAUGGAGAAGUAGAGUGCGGUGAUUCAGACAAGGAGAACUGGAUCCCCGGGACCCAAACUUCUCGUGUCCGCCGACGAGCGGCUUCUCAACAUCAUUCGUCCCGUCCCGUUCUGAGAGACGCUAACGGGAAGGAUGGAAAAGUCAACAAGGACCUAUCUGCCAGACGCUCUCGGCUCUCGCAAGCGUCACAGCGCAAAGCAAACGAGAAAGCUUUGCCAACAAUUGAUACAGAAGUGUCCACAUUCAUGGCUGGUGGGGGUGGUUCCAGUCAGGAAGAAGACCUCGAUUGCAUCCAGGGCCUGUUGUCCCUGAGCCAAGGUGCAUGGCGAUAGGAACAGAGAUACCCGUUUCCUCGUGCCAUGGCCUAUUUCCUUUGUUAAAUUUCCUUUGUUUCAUACUCAUUUCCUUUGUAGUUAUGUUCAAGUUGCGAGCGCCAGCAAGCGGUGACUUCAUGUAUGAUCUGUGAUGCUCAACCUGUGAUGAUCGAACUGCCCCUUUCUUUGCCCAGCCAUUCAUUUCUUCAAGGGAUAUGAUAUCGUCCCUGACGGCUGUGGCACCACUACCUACCAAAUAUUGAUGACUAGACCCUGUCGAAUAUUCAGAUAUCCAAAUGUAAUUCCAGGCUAAUAGAGCGAUUGAAAUGAACGACAAAA